UAUCCUAAAAGUGUAAAAAAAAAACAAAAAAACACACCACAAAAUGCAGUGAACAGUAACUCCAGUGGAAGCACAUUGCCGAUUCCAUGUUGCAGAGAAAGUGAUAAAAAUUGAUCAUAUGUAAUAUUUGUAAAUUCUAAAAAUAGAGAACAUAUAGAGGCAAACAAUAAGUGGCCGCAAUAGUAUUUACACUUGCCUGUACAUUCCAUAUAAGGAAACAGAUAAACUCUUUAAAGGGACACUAUAGUCACGAGAAGAGCUACAGUUUAUUGUAUUUGUUAUGGUGAGUACAAUCAUUCCCUACAGAAUUUUUGCUGUAAACACUGUUUGUUUUUUCCCCAGAGAAAAUGCAGUGUUUACAUUACAGCCUAGUGAUUCCUCCACUGGCCACUCCUCAGAUGGCUGCUAGAGGUGCUUCCUGGGGCAGUGCUGCACAGUAUGAAUGACAUUCAGUGUCUCCACUCUCUGCAUGGAGACACUGAACUUUCCUAAUAGAGAUGCAUUGAUUCAAUACAUCUCUAUGAGGAGAUGCUGAUUGGCCAGAGCUGUGUUUGGCUUGUGCUGGCUCUGCCCCUGAACUGCCUCCAGGACAGUCUCAGCCAAUCCUAUGGGAAGAUCAGGGGCAGAACCAGCAACAGAUUGGAAUAAAAGUAAGAUUUAAAUAUAUUUAUGGGGGCAAGGAGGGGCCAGAUGAUGGUUUUAACACUAUAGGGUCAGGAAUACAUGUUUGUAUACUUGACUCAAUAGUGUUCUUUUAACUCUACAAUGGUGGUGUAUGAACUGAGCAAGCAUAAUAUGAUUCUGUAACCUUGAUAUGGUGACAUAUCAGAAACUGCUGAUUUGGGAUUUGUAUAAACUACAGGUCAAUGAGCAACAAUUGUGAGAGCAAAGUCACCUUGUUAAAGUAAGGUCGGAAGAGAGUAUCCACACUUGUUGAAGGUGACAGAGUGGACUCACAUACUCAAUUAACAAAUCUUUAUGCAACAUGGUGUGCAGAAGAGUAUAUGUAAACAAACACAAAGCAUUGAACCUUGAAGCACAAGACCCGGCUGUGUCCAUUCUAGCCUGACAAUAACAGACAGACUAUAGUGUCAUGGAACCACUAGGAUUGGACAAUUGAAGACAUGCUAUUUAUUGCGAUAGGAAGAUGGAUCGGUUUGGCCUAAAACGCUUGAAUCUGAUGCUGGGCCGGUAAAGAGAUAUCAAAAAGUGUCAGAGUUUAUUUAGCUGUGAACAUAAAUUUGGGAAGAUUAGCAUUCUGACUGCUCCCUGCACGGUGCGACAAAACCAGUAGCCUGAAAUAGAUUGCUUGAUAAUGAUUAUGAAGAGGGGACUCUUGACCUCAUGUUCUCUAACCUGUGUAUACUCUCUUUAACACACCUAUUUCACUAUGUGAUCACCAUCUGCUCACUCGCAACCUUUCACAAAAAUCAAUCUACUUUGCCCAUGCAGAAAUCUUUACCCUUUGAUCACAGACAAUCCUUUACUCUCUCCUUUUAUAAUAUAGCUACCACAUAUUCCUACAACCCUUUCAAUUACCAUGGAGAACAUACCAACAUGUUAUCCUUGACAAACAAAAUGAACCCAUCUCCUCCAAAAGUAUUCCAGGAUAUGCCUAAUUUUAAAGAUUUGCAGGUCCGAUACACAGUAUAUGAGCUCUCAUUAUGGCUUUUUUUUCUGUCGAGUGUCAGUUGUAAAUGUAUCCAAAAAGGUUUGUGUGUUUUUUGCUUUGUUUUUCCUGUGCUCUAAGAAGCUGGAUACAGUUUACAACUUUUUUUGAACAAAUUUACGUAACACAGUAGAGUCCUGUUCAGCCCUCUCCCUGUAGGAGGGUUCUCCUGUUCUAACCUGUCAGUCAGUUAUUGGGAUAUGAAUCUAUGCCUUUGGCUUUGAAUUCAAUUAGUCACUGCUUCAUGUAUGGACUGUAUCUACAAAGGGAACCAGGAUAUAGCAUAUAUUCUCCUAACACAACAUUUAUCCUCUGACACUGGCUGCUAUAACAAUGUAAUGGAUCCAUGUUACAGAAGAUGUCUAGUCAAUGUAGAAACGUUUCUAAAGCAGAAAUGGCUCCCAGUCCCAUUUACCUAUCCCCUAUAUUUACCAAAUAUGUUUUUGCGUGGUCUGAAAAAUUAAAAUGUAGAAAUUCACAUCUUUACCAUGGGACUGGACACCUCCAUCUUGGCUCCUGGGCAAACAUCAUGACAUUUGCACAGUCGUUAUUCGGCAUGUGCUACCCCUUACGCUUAAAUAAAACACUGACACCGAUAAUUCUGUUGGAGUAUAAAGUCCACAGCUUUAUUAAUUAAUUAUAAUAAAUUAACAUAAUCUAGGGCCAUUGUCCUACUAGACAUUAUGUUACUAUACCCCCACACAGUACCCCUGACAAUGACCCUAGCAAUUAAACAAUAAAUAACAACAAAUAACAUAUAACUUGAAACACACGGCCUACCAAAGAGGCCCCAUAUCGUCCAGUUAACUGUAGGGGUAUACCUCGGACACCCCUACACCCCCAGGUUCGUAGCCACCAAAGAGCUAGAACCAACCAAUCCUUAACUCCAUCCGGCCUAAACCUCGGCCUGUCCAUUUCCAAUUCCACGCAAGUUCCAAUAUAUACACCGCCCUGUUCCGCCGCUGUGACCAAGCGGAACUGAAAACUAGGGAGGGUGGGUGGGACAAUCUACAGGUAAGAGAGGCUCCAGUUAAAAUGGCCCCUAUUCUAAUAUGGACGCUCUAUAUAUCCCUACUCUCCACCCCCCAAAACAUCACUCCCAAAACCCUUCCCACAAACUUAAGCCCAUGCCCACUCCCUGGCUCUGUCAAGGCCCACUCCCCAUACUGCGUUGCUCCAUGGGCUACCUGACAUUUGCACAGUCGUUAUUCGGCAUGUGCUACCCCUUACGCUUAAAUAAAAAACACCGAUAAUUCUGUUGGAGUAUAAAGUCCACAGCUUUAUUAAUUAAUUAUAAUAAAUUAACAUAAUCUAGGGUCAUUGUCCUACUAGACAUUAUGUUACUAUACCCCCACACAGUACCCCUGACAAUGACCCUAGCAAUUAAACAAUAAAUAACAACAAAUAACAUAUAACUUGAAACACACGGCCUACCAAAGAGGCCCCAUAUCGUCCAGUUAACUGUAGGGGUAUACCUCGGACACCCCUACACCCCCAGGUUCGUAGCCACCAAAGAGCUAGAACCAACCAAUCCUUAACUCCAUCCGGCCUAAACCUCGGCCUGUCCAUUUCCAAUUCCACGCAAGUUCCAAUAUAUACACCGCCCUGUUCCGCCACAGCACAUGGCUUGACCCCCUUAAGCUAAUGUGCGACCCCCACCAUAUCUAAACAGGGCCUGUGCUAUACCAUCCUGAAAACCUAGGUUCAGCAAAUCAUUCCCCACAUCCGAUAGGUGAAUACCAUCCCUCCUAAAAUAUCCCGGCAGCAUACCCUCUAAUUCCCUAUGCCUCACCACCACGCCCCCCGACCGUCUAAUAAAGACUGACAUAAUUUUGUUGACCUUACCCCUAGAUCGAGCUAUUGCAGCUGGAUCCCUGGCGUGUUUCCACGUAAAGCGAGGCACCAUCUCAGACCAAACUACGACCACGCCAGGAACCAGCUCCCUCAGCCGAUCCAUAUCCCUCUUCAUUUUUCGAACCAGUAACCUUUGAGGAAUCAAGCCCAGGUCGUUCCCACCUCCGUGGACCAGUACCACGUCUGGGACCGCCCCCCCCGACAACUUUUUAAAUAACGCGCUGCAGAGACCCUGCCAGCUAGCGCCCCUCAAACCAAGCCAUGAUAAUUCCACUCGUUCCAAAGGAAAACCCAGCUGCGUUCCGCAUCUUCGAACUGCGGCUCUCUUCUGCGCCCAGUACACAUACGAGUGUCCCAUCAACCAAACUUUCAAACCUGAAAGGAAAUAAAAUUAGUUGCGAGGAGACAAAUGCCCCCCCCCCUUUCUCAAUUUCCUACCCAACGCUUACUUACACCAGCCUGUCAGGCCUCACAUACGUGCGGAACCGCAUGGAUUCCCACCUCCCGAUCCGCUUAAUCCGCUCGUCCCCCAAACCAAGGCGUGCUGCCUCCGUCGCUGCGCCUAUGCGGAACGAGUGCGUCCCAAAUUGCUUGGGCUCCAAGCCCAGCUUCUGUAAACCCGCUCGAAAAACCCGCAGAAAUUGGAAGCGGGACAGCGCCGUCCCAUCUGCAUGCAGGAAAAAACUACCAGCCAGCCCGGGACGGACAUCCAAGUACCGCGCCCCGCAAGCCACCGGGCACGCCCUUGAACCCGGUAACUCGUACAACACCACAGAGCACCCUUUACCAAACACGUCCGUUUUAGAGCGGCGCAACCUGAUCCGCACCCUGUCGUUACAUAAGUCCACGUCGUCGAGCAGCAAUCCGCCGGCCCCUUUCCUGUUGGGGCUCACCAGCUCGCCAAUCCGGAAGGCUCCGAAGAACGCCCAUACAAACGCUCCCGAAAAUAGCGCCACCUCAAAAGGGGAAUGACACAACCCAGCCAACGCUCCUAACAACCCUUGCAACACCGAGAACGACACCGGUCUUCUCGUGUCCCCAAACUUCUUACCCUUCCGAAAACCUCGUAUCGCCUGACGUAUCAUGAAAUUCUUAGUAAUGUCCUCCCAACCAUUGAACUUAAAUAAAAAGGCCAGGGCAGACAUAUACCUGUCCACCAUGGCCGGCGAAGCCUGUCUUGAGAACAGGCGACACAGCAACCAUAGCAGCACGUCCCCCCGCUGCCCCUCCGAAAAAACGCCUCCUACCUGUUGAACUGUCUCCUCCCAUUCCUUCCAAACCUUAACAUACGACGACCACGUGCUUGGCGCCAAUGAGUUCCUUAUGUACUCCCCAAGCAUGACGUCCCGAGCCGCCACAUCUCGUCCGGGCAUGCUUGCCCCAUCUCCUGGGCGUCUGGCGCCGCUUCCCGGAAUCGUUCCCACUGAAAACGAGAAAGCGCAUCAGCCACCACAUUCAACAUACCAGGGAUGUGCUUAGCCCUAAACACCACAUUGAAGGACAUGCAAAGAAGUACAAACCGCCGCAACAAACACAAGACCGGGGGGGAAGACGCAGACAAACUGUUUAUCGCCUGCACCACAGACAUGUUAUCCGAGUGGAACACGAUGUGCCUGUUUGCCAACGCCGGCCCCCAUAAGCCCAUCGCAACCACGACCGGAAAUAAUUCCAAAAACGCCAAAUUCCUUAUUAGCGGGCUUUCUUUCCACGCUGCAGGCCACUCCUCAGCGCACCAAUUACCCGCAAGAUAAGCCCCAAAACCGACACUGCCCGACGCAUCAGUGUACAGCCCCACCUCUGUUGCCGCCGCCGGGUCCCUAAAGAACACCUUACCAUUAAAAUCCUGUAGGAACUGGUCCCACACCCUUAAGUCCGCCUUCAUAUCCGCUGAGACCCUAACGUAGUGCGAUGGCCAACGCACCCCACUUGUCGCACGUGCCAGUCGCCUGCAGAAAACCCUCCCCAUUGGUAUCACCCGGCACGCGAAGUUCAGGCUCCCCACCAAUGAUUGAAGCCCCCGCAGCGUCACCUUCUUAGCCCUCCCUACCGUGGCCACCCGCUCCCUCAGAUCCACUAGUUUGUCUGAAGGUAACCGACAUUCGCCUCUCACGGAAUCGAUUUCCAACCCCAAAAAACUAAGGCACGUUGUGGGCCCAACCGUCUUGUCUCCCGCCAAGGGAACCCCGAAAGAGUGUGCAACCCAGUGAAACACUUCCAACACCUGUCUACACCGGCCCGUUCCCUGCGGGCCGACACAGAGGAAGUCGUCAAGAUAGUGCACCACCGCACCCCCUGCCGAUUCCUUCCGCACCACCCAUUCCAAAAACGUGCUAAAUUUCUCAAAAUAAGCGCACGAUAUGGAACAGCCCAUUGGUAAACACAGAUCCACGAAAUAACCCCCAUCAAGAUAGCACCCGAGCAAAUGAUGGCAUUUGGGGUGUAUAGGGAGCAGCCGAAAGGCUGCCUCCACAUCCACUUUCGCCAUCAGCGCCCCUCGCCCCAUUCUCCGUACCAACUCGACAGCCUUGUCGAAUGACGUAUAAGAGACGGAGCUGAGGGCCGCGUCAAUGUCAUCAUUUACCGACGCCCCUUUUGGGUACGAUAAAUGAUGUAUCAACCUGAACUUACCCGCUUCCUUCUUGGGAACCACGCCGAGUGGGGAUAUCCGUAGGUCGACCAACGGCGGCUCCAAGAAUGGGCCCGCCAUUCUCCCCAGCUGCACUUCCUUGCUCAACUUCUCCCGCGCUACCCCCGGGUGCUCCCGAACUGACUUGAGAUUACCACACAUCGUUCCCGGUCCCCUAACCACGAAGGGAAUAACAAACCCUUCUCGAAAUCCCUGCCACAACAAGGCCGCAUCCGCCCUAUUGGCGUACUGCCUUAGCCAAGGCAACAUCACGUCUACUUUCACUGGGGACGCCCCCAGCGGUAACAGCAGGGGGCGCUGCCCCUCCGGACCCCCCUCCCCCUCCGGACCCCCCUCCCCCUCCAAGCUUACCCUUCUUGAAGCACCGGCUGGCGCCAUGCGCCCCCCCGCAGCCGGAACAUUCGUGUCUGAACCUGCAGGAAUUCCCCCACUUGCAGUGUCCCUCGUUGUACAUCCAGCAGAAGCCUUUCUUUUGCCCAGCCGACACAGCACCCCCUGCGGCCGUGCCGGCUGUCCCAAGAAAGGGCGCCGCCUUUUGAGCCAUCAUAAGGCGCAUCCAUAAUGGCAGAUCCAUUUGAUCCCACCGCAUGCUCGUGUUCACCGCUAGCCGUUGUCGAAAUUGCUCGUCAUACCUCCACCACGCCAAUCCCCCGUAUGUUCGAUAUGCAUCGCCUAUCCCAUCCAAGUAGCAAAAAAGUUCCGAGCAACGCCCCGGGUUCUUUUCCCCUAUCACGCUAGCCAGAAUACAGAAAGCCCGUAGCCAAUUCCCAAAAGUUUUCGGUAUCUUGCGAUACCUCUGCCUUUUUUCCUCCUCCUCUUUCUUGGCGUCCUUUUUAUCCUCCUCUUUCAAGUCCAAGAAUUCCUCGAGGGGAAGAAGGGAAAAGAUUUCCACGAACUCACCUUUCCAAAUCUUAUCCUUUACUUCUGUUUUUAAGUGGCACCCCAGGGGGCCCGCAAAGGACACGUGCACGUUUUGCCGCGCCGCAUCCGGGACAUCGCUACCCCCUUCCGUGGGUUCCCCCCACCAUCGGUCAACCCCGCCGACCCCGUCGCGUCGCCGGCCUCGCCUCCAUGUGUCCCCGCCGGUACCGCCCCCGCGUGCUCCACCGCCGCGUCCCGACUACCUUCCUGUGACCAUACCCGCCCGAAUUCCGAGGGGGACCCGCCCUUGUCCGACCAAGCGUCUAAAAAUACUUUCAAAUCAUUCAACAACUGUCCAGAGUGUCGUGCAUGUGUUGACUCACCGCUCAAGCCCCUGGCCGCAGCUGACCGCAGGGGCGUCGUCCUUCCACCCACCAUUCCGGGAGCCGGAGUGUCGUGUUGUCGCCGACUCCCAUCCGCCUGGUCCCGCCUCGAGACCGUAGGGGUAUUGCUCCGUGACCUGCAGGGAGAAGAAAACCUGGGUAGUCUGUUCAGCGUAGGGUCUACCCGCCCUUCCUCCCCACGUUCCAGCUGCCUUGCAAAACGACUCCCCCUGUAAUCCGCUCCCCUUGAGUGAACCUGUACUCUCCUGUCUGGUGAAUCAGACGUGCUACGUCGACUCCUCUGCCUUCUAUCCCUAGACAGGGACCUCCCACAGCCUUCCCUGCAACAGGACCUAGCUGCGCUGCAUCUGCUCCGCACUGGUGACCUCUCCCCGCUUCCUCGACUCCCUGCUCUGCUCCUCGUGCUGCUGCGCCUGGCGCUCAUGCUGCGCCGUUCCGUUCUCCUCUCACUCCUUGCGUCCUCUCCGUCCAUAUGCUGACCCUGGGAGCAGCCAGAAGGACCCUCCCGCCUGCUGCCACCUCCCCUGUCACCUCCCUCCAGGGUGGGUCUACGUCUGUCUCCCACUGCUGUUGCGCCUGGCUUCCCUCUAGCCGUCCUUCCCGUUAAAGAAUCCUGUCCCUGGCUGAUCGCCGUGCGCCCUGAUCCAGCCGUCUCCUGCGCACUAAAACCACCACCGACAUCCUCUCUCCUGACCCCUGCCUGGGCCGUCCCUGCGCUGACCUCGCCGCCCCAGCCUCCCCCAGACCCAUGGGGGGCUGCUCUUGUCUCCACACUCCCCAUAACCACAAUCUCCUGCCCCACAGCGGUGCCACUGGUGGCUGACUCACCGGGACGUUCCAGCUCUGUGAUCCCGCCCACGUGACCGUCCUCCGUCCUGGCCGCCGACCCGGCCGCCGAAUUGGCAGCCACCACUCCAUCUCCCCUGCCUGCCGCCGACUCACGCGGCGUGCGUCGUCCAGCCGCCGGGUGCUUUACGGCCGUCCUCGCCAGACCGCAGCCGCGCCUGCCGGCCCGAGCCGUGCUCCUUCCCGGCUCCACGACCGGGACCUCUCCUGCCCCCGCGGACGUUCCUCCUCCCUCAGAAGGGCUUCGACGGCGUCUCGCCGCGGGCCCAGCACCCGGGCUCAGCCGCUGCGGCGGCCUCGUCCUCCUGGCCGGUCGUCGCGCCGGUACCGAUGCGGAAGGCCCGGCGGCCCCCAGCUGCUGAUGUAGCCAUUCGAGGCCACGGUCCCUCACGGCCGCCCGCACUCCCUCCAGAAGCUCCUCCAACGCCGCCAUCGACCUGCAGGGAAACAAAGAAAAAAGGGGGGAACCUCUCUGGCCUGCAACAAUCUACAGGUAAGAGAGGCUCCAGUUAAAAUGGCCCCUAUUCUAAUAUGGCCGCUCUAUAUAUCCCUACUCUCCACCCCCCAAAACAUCACUCCCAAAACCCUUCCCACAAACAUAAGCCCAUGCCCACUCCCUGGCUCUGUCAAGGCCCACUCCCCAUACUGCGUUGCUCCAUGGGCUACCUUAUAAAUGUUGCCCUUUUCUGCCACUAAAUAUAGUUUGUGGGAGAAACGCUGUGCCUGGAUUGUGAUGCCACUUGCACAAAGCUUUAUAUACAUUUUAAAAUAAAAUGGAGCAUCGCAUGAAGGAAAACACAAAUUAUAGGUCAUUUUCAAUGUUUAGGCAAUGUUAUAAUUACUAGAGACGUUUUAGUUUUGCUUCACCACCCAUUUUUAUGCACAGUUUGCAGCUUUGCCUAUAUUAUGGUAUUCCGUCUUAGCGAGCAAUGUCUAGGUUUGGAAGAUAAAAAGGCAAUAGUGCAAAGGAAUUGCUGAAUCCAUUGGGAAUGCAGAGUGAAGACUCUAAAUACAACGGAUUCAUUGUUUCCUGCAGAAGCAGUUUUAUUGAAUUGUCUGUGCGCACACUUAAUAGAUCGCAACAAACAUAUUGUACUGGUCACUAUUCACACUGCAAAUUAAAAGCUUUUACUAGACGUGGCUAAAGGAAAAACCAUGAGAAACUCGUACAGCGCCACCUAGCUCUAGAUUUUAAUACACAGUAAUCAUAACUAUCACAGAACUAUAUUAUAAUAAUAACAUAGUAUUUAACCAGGAAAGGUACGUUUAGAUUAUUCUGGGUGUCAUAUAUAACACUAUAGAAUGUUUUAAGGCAUGUUGCACAAGUACUGUUAGAUAAAGAAUGGUGUGUGACAUAUCAAUGUUGUUGGCUGUAGAUAAUACAUUAUUUUCAAUGAUCUGCCCAUUACUUCAUGUUUAGAAAUCUCCUGCAGCAUGGGUGGUGACAUAAGCUGUGAAAUUAUUUCCUGUAAUGAAUGAGUAAUAAUGCAUGGAUCAAAGUUCCACUCCUGAACUGCACUUGCGGCAGCGAAAAGAGCGCCCCCCUGGGACUGUAACUCCCAGGAAUCUUAGACAACAGAGGGGCAUGCAUGUUCCAGUGAUAUCUUUACAAUAUGUCCCCUAUUUAAAGCCCUACACCAGACGUAGGCGACCUUCGGCACUCCAGAUAUUGUGAUCUGAAUCUCCCAGAAUUAUCUUUCAACCAUAUUGCUGUCAAAGCAUCAUGGGAGAGGUAGUCCACAAAGGUUGACAACCCCUGCCAUAGGCUAUCCUAACACACUACACACAUUAACCUCUACAUUACUGUAACACAUUACCACUAAACAUUAUCCCAAGAACCCCUGGAUGGCAAUAUAUCACUUAAUACAUGGUUCACUGUUAUGUACUCUCUCUAUAAAUACACACACAUAUACUAAUGUGUUCCAUUCCCUACACUGUAACUAUACUACAGUCAGUGUUAUUUUGUCUGUCAAUUACUUGUGUUACAUAUCUCAACUAUGUCAUUGUAAAGCUCUGCGAAAUACGUUGGCGCUAUAUAAAAGUAAAUCCUAAUAAUUGUAUUGCUUGUUAAAGGCGCAUGGACAGUCUCUGCCCAAAACGACUAUUGUGCGUCACUUGCCUAGUGGCCCACCACCCCUAUUAGCUGACAGACUUUAAACCGUGGGACUGACAGCAGUGAAGCAGACAUUGAGGACAGAACAUAUUGAGAAGUCCAUUAUGUGAGAUUGAGGUGAUCCUCAUUUGCUGUCUCACUGUGAAUGCGUGCCCUGUGUCAGGAACAAAAGACAGAAUUAUAUGCAUUGCACACAGGUGUUUUAUAUUAGGAAGAAAACCCAGAGGAUUCUCAGCCUCCUGAUGUUCCCAGAAAGGAGGAAUGAAACCUAAAACGUGGGAGAGAAAGACUGGAGAGGGAAAUCUAGCUGAAUUCUCAUCUUUGACAUACCAAGUGCUUUUUAUCAGAGGCUUGUCUCAUUUUCUCACUCCGUGCGCAUUUUGAUGAUUUAUGGGCAAUAAUGAAAUUUAUGGCCCAUGUUGUGGGCUAUUGGCCUGACAUUAACUACUUGUGCUCUUUAUAAAUGAGAUGUAAUUAGACGUGUCUGAAUCAAUCAGGAAGGAAGCAAAGCCUUUAAAAAAAUACAAAAAAAAAAAUGUAUUGUCAAGAUAAAUGGACCAACUCCAAGUAAGGAAAACAUUAAUUUUAUCUUGAUUAUAGCACAUUGGGUAAUGCUUGUUUGGUUCACAACACACAAAAAUAACAAAAAAACUGUGUAGCAUUACUGCAUUAGGACAGACAGUGAGUCUGAUUUAUGCUAAAUACAAACAAACCCAAAAGCUACUAAAUGGAUGUCCUGAAACCCAGAUGCACAUAAGUCCAUGGCUCGAGGUCUUUAUAGACAUACAACCCUUUAAUACAGGUCU